GGUGGGAGGAGUCGGUGGAUGGGAGGGAUGUCCCGGCAUGCAGUGCGGAUGGUGGAGCGGAUAUCCGGUGUGAUGAUCUCCCCCGUGUGGUGUGAGGUGAGAAGAAGGAUGGCAGAUUGUGUCUUCCCCUGAUCUUCCUGAGCAACAUGGAGGACAACUUCCUCUUCCUCAACUCUCUGGGUCGGUACUCUGGUGCUUCUCAGAAUGCAGUGAAGCUUCCGUCGAAGGCUGGACGGGGUGCACAGAGGAAGUCUCAGCGGGAGAAGUCGGUGAAGAAAAAGCGAGGCGGGCCCUCGUACACCCCCGAUGUUUCCGAAUCAUCUUACCUGAAUAUCGUUGUGAAGAAUGAGCCGGAGGAAGAUUCCUGGGACUUGGAGCUGAAUGCUGACACUGACUUUCUUCCAGAUGAUUCCAGCCAAUCGCAACAAGGGGCAGAGCGUCAGCGGAACAUCCGGUUUUCAGACGAGGAGAACGACGUCCUGAUAAAGAGUGUUAUGCCGCACUACGAGAAGCUGUUCGGCAGAUUGGCGGCCCGGCAUUCAACGGUAGCGAAGAACGCCUUGUGGAGAGAGAUCACCUCUGCGGUGAACGCGGUGUCCGCCUGCCCGCGAUCCGUGCAGAACUGUAAGAAAAGAUUUGCCGAUAUUAAGCGCAAAGUGAAGGAGAAGCUGAACAGAAUCGACAAGCACCGCAGAACGUCCGGAGGUGCCUCCCGGCUCCAUAUCUCUUUCUGGCCGUAUGAGCGUGUGAUGGAGAAAAUAAUCGCCACUGAUGUCGCCCCCGGGGUACCUGGCACCACUGACUCAGGACGAGUGGCCGAACAUGAGAGCUCAGACUUUCACGAUCUUGCUGAAGAAGACGAGGCGGGGAACACAGAAGGUGAAGACUGUCCUAGCGGCCAUAAUGAAGAUCAGGACGACUUCCCAGAAGAGGCAGAUGCUGAGACGGAGGAACCCACCAGGGACGGCUCGUUGUCUCUCAAGCAAGAUCACGUGAGCAGCCGGAGGCAGCAGACAAGUCUGAGGGAUCAUACAAGCCUGAUCUAUGCAGAACAGAGCCACUUUCGCAGAACCUUGGCCCAAAAACUAAAUAUUCUCAAUAACAAUGUGAAAGCAUUAAAUAAAAAUGUAAAAUCCUUCCAGAAUUCGUUCAGCGAGAGCAUGGCCGUCCUGUCACAAAGCAUGCAGCAGCAGAACACCAUCCUGGACAAACUCUCCUCCAACCUGCUCUUGUUGGCCGAGCAGCAGCAACAACACAACAAGCAGUGUAUGAACGGCAUGCAGCAAGUCCUACACCAUCUCGAUGUUCACCAAGUAUCGCCUUCCCCCACACCCAGCGACAGUGCCAGCGACAGCUCCCCGCUGCCAGUAGAUGCCAGAAGAGGACCGCAUUGGAGACGGGUCCGAAGGCGCAGCAAAUCUCAGAUUUCUCCAGAACAUACACCCAAAAAGGGGCGUCGCUGAGUGACUGUCAUGGAACCGCUGUAGCAAUGUCUUUAGAAGACAAACAUAAAGUUCCAAAAUGCAGGUAGCUGGAUUUCCGUUCUGGAAGAUGAUUCCCUCGGAGAGUGAGAACUCGGGUCCCGGCUUCCUGAGCCUCCUUGUCACCAGCUGACCAUCCUGCUAGGACUGUGCUUCAGAAGAUACGGCUCUGCAUGCUGGACGGAAGAUCUCUGAUCUCCCAAUGACCUCUCCCUCCACAUUGUCUUCAUUCAAUUUUUAUCCAUCUUACCAAAGGGUAGAUAGUUGUAUAUAGCAUUGUAUAGAAUAAAUUUGCUGUAGAACAAUCCA